AUGGCAGCGAGUACCACCGAGGAAUCCGUGGGAAUAGAAUGUUACGCGAACAAAGCGGAGGGGUUCAACGCCAUCCUGAAGGAGCGGUUCACCGACUUCGUCGUGAACGAGAUCGAUCGCGGAGGAAACGUCGUGCAUCUCACGUCGCUCGAUCCGGCGGCGGCGGCGAAGAAAAAUGACGAUGUGGCGCCACCGACCGACGCGGGACCCACCGUCGAGGAGCUCACGCGAAGAAACUUCGCCAUCGCGGAAUUCGCGAAGAUCGCGGGGGAAACCGACGCCGAACGAUUGAGAGCGUUCGUAGAGACGCCCGGAGUCCUGACGCCGUCUUCCUCUUCCAGUGGCGCCCCUGCUCCGAGGCCUCUGGUCUUGUCCACGAGCAACGACAAGGACUACCGCGCGAGUUUGCACGCGUUCUUCGGAAUUCAUUUCCCCCAGCUCUCCACGGACACCAUCGAGCCACCGGGUGAAGGCGAAGGGACUGGCCCCGUCAGGCCGGGAUCUAACAAACCUCUGAUGUGCGUGAGGGUACGACCUGUGAAGCAAAAGGGCAACGGCAGAGGCGGCGGAGGCCAGAAGCGAAGUCGUGAAGACGGGGCAUGGGGUGGUCAUCAACGUUGGCCUUCCGAUCAGCCGCACUACCUCGAAUUCGUUCUUUGCAAAGAGAACAAAGAUACGGGGGAUGCCAUCGGCGUUCUAUCGAGGAUCCUCCACGUCAAGCCGAGGCAAUUUGGAUUCGCCGGCACGAAGGACCGCAGAGGCGUCACAAGUCAACUCGUGACCGUGCACAAAGUACGCGCGAAGCGCCUUGCGAAGCUCACGCUCCACGGAAUGAAAUUAGGAAACUUUCGAUACGUCGACCGUAGCCUUGGUCUCGGUGAUUUGAAAGGCAACCUAUUCACGUUGACGCUACGCGGCCUUGAACGCGGUUCCAAAGAAACGGUGAUGAAGGCGGUGAACGCGUUGAAGUCAAGCGGAUUCGUCAAUUAUUUUGGAUUACAGCGGUUUGGGACGCACAAGAUACCGACGCACGCGAUCGGCUCCGCGCUUCUCCGCGGUUCCUGGUCCGAAGUUGUGGAUUUAAUCAUGCAACCGCGAGAUGCGGAUAAGGACGACGUCGCGGAGGCACGAAAAGUUUACAAGGAAACGCGCGACGCGGCGGCGGCGCUGAAGUUGAUGCCUCGCUUCUGCCUUGCCGAGAGAGGACUUUUGGAGGGUCUGGUCAAGUGCAAAGGGGACAUCAUAGGAGCGAUAAACGCUAUUCCACGCCCAACUCGGAUGAUGUACGUCCACGCGUACCAGAGCUACAUGUUCAACCGCGCGGCGAGCGAGCGCGUGAGGCUGCAUGGCGCCGAUCGCGCUGUCGAGGGGGAUUUGAUAUUUGACGACAGAGGGGAUAUCUAUCAAAGCGACGACGAGGACAACAACGACGUGAUGUUCGCGAACGUGCGAGAGGUCACAGCCGAGGAAGCCGCGCGCGGAACGUACAAAAUCACCGACGUGCUGCUUCCACUUCCCGGGUUUAAGGUGAUAUAUCCUGAACGCGUGAAGGUGUUGUACGAAGACAUUUGCAAGGCGGAAGGCGUGCUGCUCGAGGGGUGCGCGCACCCGAUCAAGGAGUAUUCCUUCGGAUUCCUGACCGGCGCAUACAGACGGCUGCUCGUGAAACCGGACAAACUGGAAUUUGAGUUCCAAAGUUACUCGGAUCCGAAAGCUGAUCUCACUGAGACGGACAUGUCUCGGAUCCUACGCGUGCCGAACAUCGUCUCUGCGGACGGAGAGGAGAAAGACGAAAAGUUCCUCGCCCUCCGCUUGAGUCUCGCGUUGCCUACGUCUUCGUACGCCACGAUGGCUCUCCGCGAGCUCAUGAAACUGAGUACUAGUAAGCAAACACACAGAGACGCCACGCUGUCCCGUCUCGAGAACGCGACGUGA